AAAAGGGGGGAGAGCAUGGAAGGGGGAGCUGGUGAGGAGCCCCUUCCAGUCCCCGUGGAAGUUUGGGGCACUUGAGGGUGGGGAAACCUCCACAGUCCCCCGAGGGUCUGGGGAAAGUGCCCCCCUCUGCGGAAAAGGCAAGUGGGGGGCUUGGUGAGGGGGAGGCGUAGCCCCCCCAACCCCGGUGGAGGGAGGCAGGCACCGCGGCCAGGAGGAGCGGAGCGCCCGGAACCGGUCUGCCAACCAGUUUAACCAGGACUGGUUUCCACUCGGAGUUCAAAGGCUCCUGGGUGCCUGGCCCCCCCAGGGCUGCAGCCCUUAACCCUUCCGGGUGCCCCUCAGUGGUCCCUGCUGGAGCCGGGGUCUACGCCUCUUGGGGUGUGGGGGACCUUGCAAGAGCUGGGGGUGCAACCAGACACCUGAGAGCAGGGAGACCAAGAGAGAAGCCGGGGCACCCCCCACCCGCCUUCCCUUGGGACCCCCGCUGCAGCGGGGCAGUCCCCGGGAGGACCCGGCUUGGGGAGGCUCAGCGGAGAGGGGCACCCGGCUUGGAUUUCUGGGUGAUGAAUAUUCAUGAGCGCGGCCUCUGCUCCUGUUUACUUAGCCGGGAGGGGCCGGGUUUCAGGUUCACCUGGGCGCUGCGCGGGGCAGGUUCGGCUCCUGCACCUGUCUCUGUCCGUGACAGCAGCUGUGCCCCCGCUGCCAGGCUCGGCCUGGGCACCCUGAGGGCGCCUCUGCUCCCCACUUCAGCCUCUCCCCGAGGCUUCUGCGCUCGGCUCCUUCUGCAGGGACGCGGCCCGAAUUACAGGAGCAGCAUGACGGAGGUCGGGUGGUGGAAGCUGACCUUCCUGAGGAAAAAGAAAUCCACGCCCAAAGUGCUGUACGAGAUGCCCGAGACCUACGCCCAGACGGAGGGAGGCCCCGAGCCCCUGCGGCCGGACGCCGGAGGCCCCGCCAGCGACUUCAGCACGCGGCUGGAGAAGAUCGUGGACAAGAACACGAAGGGCAAGCACGUGAAGGUCUCCAACUCGGGUCGCUUCAAGGAGAAGAAGAAAGUGCGGGCCAUGCUGGCCGAGAACCCCGGCCUCUUUGACGACCGGGAGGACAAGGGACAGUGAGGGGGGCCCGGCGGGGGGGACGCCUGUGCCUCCCUGCUCCCUGCUCUGAGCAGGGUCUAGACAGGCUCGCCACACUGGCCUCUUGGUCACAGCGGAGGCCGAGGGGACCUUAUGUCUGCCAGCAGGAAGUGUUGCUUUUUAAGAGUUGCACUGAUGUCCCCAGCUCUGUGUAAGCAGGGGGCAUCCCGGGCUCUUCCCACCGACCCUGACCAGGACACGAAGGGCCUCCAGGUCCAGGAUGGUGGUGGCCGGGCCCGAGAAGGUGGGCACAGCAAGCACUGGGGAGACCUCCACCCCCAGGGCACCUCUGCCGGCCGCCACGGGACUGGCCACAGGCUGCUGGCUGGUGCUGCACUCAGCUCCCAGCCCAACGCAGGUGGUAAACUUCCUGGAAUUCGGCACCCAGGGAGCGGGGGUGGAGGGCCUGAGAGCGAUGGGCUGGGCCGGGCUUGAGUCACACACCUCAGUGGGCAGCCACCCGGGCCACUGGUCCAAGCUGGGGUCGCUCUGGUAGGAGCUAAAAGCAGCCGGUUUUCUCUCCUCCUCCCCUCAUUGGUGUUUAAGAUGGAUCAGCCCCAGAGAUGAAUUCUGGAGCCUUGAAUUUUCUUUACAAGGUAAUUGUAUUUGUGGAUUUCUUUGUAAUAACAAAGCGCAAAAGCAGAGAA